AUGACAAAGGUGACGUCAUCAUUUGGAAAGCAUCACGGUAAGACCCACACAUUGUGCCCCUGCUCUGGCUCCAAGGCCGACCACCUUCAGAAGUUGACCUGUGGCAAAUGUUGCUAUCCUGCCAAGCAGAAGAGAAAGUAUAACUGGAGUGCCAAGGCUGAAAGACAAAAUACCACUGGGAUCAGUCAAAUGAGGCACCUAAAAAUUGUUUACUGCAGAUUCAGGUAUGGAUUCCUGAGCCCAUGA